UAGGCAGUAAAAGGGGGCAGGCUGCAUCCACGGUGUGUACACAAGUCUGUGCUACCAUUCAUGCAGAGUGUAUAGCAGUCCCCACCGACAGCCGUGCCACAUCCUCGUCAAAACAGAAAGCUCUGCUCUCUCCGACUGAUAGGAAGGGUUGUGACCCUACAGUACAGUAGUAGCCACCAUGGCAGAAGCUCACCAGGCUGUGGCAUUCCAGUUCACCGUCACCCCUGAUGGCAUCGACCUACAGCUGUGCCACGAGGCUCUGCGUCAGAUCUACCUCUCUGGCCUCCACUCCUGGAAAAAAAGGUUCAUUCGCUUCAAGAAUGGGGUAAUGACUGGUGUGUAUCCCGGCAGCCCUGGUGGGUUUAUGGUAGUGGUUGUGUCCUACAUGUCCUACAAUAAAUAUAAUCAGCUAGAUCCCUCUCUGGGGUUGAUUGCCAAGCUGGGCCAACACAUACCAAUCAGUCGAUAUAUGUCCACGGACAGCCAGAGGAUAGUUGGAGGAGUUCUGGUGGGCACGGGCCUAUGGGUCACCAUAAUCAUGAUUAUGAGAAAUGUCCUAAAGUGCCUGUUGUCGUGGCACGGCUGGAUGUAUGCACGCCAUGGCUCGGUGUCCUGGUCUACACGUCUGUGGCUGUUACUAGUGAAGGUGUUUUCUGGCCGGAAGCCAAUGCUCUACAGUUUCCAGAACUCCCUGCCACGGCUACCUGUCCCCACUAUCAAGGACACCUGCAGAAGGUAUCUGGACUCUGUGCGUCCACUGAUGGAUGAUGAGCAGUAUGAACGGAUGGAGGCUUUGACCAAAGACUUUGAAAAGAACCUGGGCCCCAGACUGCAGUGGUACCUGAAACUCAAGUCCUGGUGGGCCUCCAACUAUGUCAGCGAUUGGUGGGAGGAGUAUAUUUACCUCAGAGGCCGUGGGCCCAUCAUGGUCAACAGCAACUAUUAUGCCAUGGAUUUCCUGUAUGUGUUCCCCACCUCCAUCCAGGCUGCCAGGGCAGGUAAUGCCAUCCAUUCCAUCAUGCUGUACAGGAGAAAACUGGACAGGGCCCAGAUAAAACCAAUAUACUUGCUGGAAAACAAGGUUCCUCUGUGUUCGGCUCAGUGGGAGCGGAUGUUUAACACCACCCGCACCCCUGGUUUGGAGACAGACACCCUUCAGCACGUGAACGAGAGCAAACACAUAGCUGUGUACCAUAAGGGCCGUUUCUUUAAGGUGUGGAUGUUUUAUGACGGGCGGCUGCUGUUGCCGCGGGAGAUCGAGCAGCAGAUGGAGAGGAUCUUGGCCGACAAGUCAGAGCCCUUGCCAGAAGAGGAGAAACUAGCCGCACUUACUGCAGGGGACAGGACUCCAUGGGCCAAUGCUCGUGAAACCUACUUCAGCCGUGGUAAGAACAAGCAGUCUCUGGAUGCCAUUGAGAAGGCAGCCUUCUUUGUAACCCUUGAUGACACAGAGCAGUACUAUGAUGCAGACAACCCAGUCAAGUCUCUGGACAGUUAUGCCAAGUCCCUGCUCCACGGAAAUUGCUACGACAGGUGGUUUGAUAAAUCCUUUAACCUGAUAGUGUUCAAGAAUGGCACCAUGGGACUGAACGCAGAGCAUUCCUGGGCUGAUGCUCCAAUUGUUGGCCAUCUGUGGGAGCAUGUACUUUCCAUGGACCCUGUCAAACUGGGAUACACUGAGGAUGGUCACUGCUGUGGGGAGCCCCACCCCAACCUACCAGGUCCUCAGAGACUGCAGUGGGACAUCCCUGCUGAGUGCCAGGAGAUUGUCCAGAGCUCUCUGAAAGUAGCCAGGGCUCUGGCUGAUGAUGUGGACUCCCACAUUUUCCCCUUUAUUGACUUUGGCAAGGGUCUGAUUAAGAAGUGCCGCACCAGUCCUGAUGCCUUCAUCCAGAUCGCCCUACAGCUUGCUCAUUACAGGGACAAAGGGAAGUUCUGCCUGACAUAUGAGGCCUCCAUGACGCGUUUAUUCCGUGAGGGCCGAACAGAAACUGUGCGCUCCUGCACCAUGGAGACUUGUGCCUUUGUUCGUGCCAUGAUCAGAGACGAGACUAGAGAAGAGCGCCUUAAGUUGCUCAAAGUGGCAGCAGAGAAGCACCAGGACCUGUACCGUCUGGCAAUGACAGGAAAGGGCAUUGAUCGCCAUCUUUUCUGUCUCUAUGUGGUUUCCAAAUACCUGGGAGAAGACUCACCCUUCCUUAAGGAGGUCCUCUCUGAACCAUGGAGGCUCUCCACCAGUCAGACCCCUCUGCAGCAGGUUGAGCUAUUUGAUCUGGUCAGACACCCGGAGUAUGUGUCCUCUGGAGGUGGAUUUGGUCCAGUGGCUGAUGAUGGUUAUGGUGUCUCCUACAUCAUUUUGGGUGAGAACCACAUCAACUUCCACAUCUCCAGCAAACACUCAAGCCCAGAAACCGACUCCCACCGUUUUGGUGCCAACAUCAGACAGGCCAUGCUAGACAUGCGGGAUCUCUUCCAGCUUGACAAGAAAACCAAGUGAUUGUCCUCUCCAUGGGUGGAACAAACAUAAGAAGUUGUUUUUAGCAAAAUAUCGUAUGCUUCCUGAAGCUUGUACAUAAUCAAAUGUUGAGGUUUGGGUUAUUUUUAAAUUAAUUGAUGUUACAGAAAUAAGGGUGAUUUAAAGGUAUUUGGAAACUUAACUGUCAAUAUGUGUGUAAGGUGUUUUAUGUGUACUGUAUGUAUAGGAAAGGUGAGAUUCUGGUGGGAUUGGGUACAGGUCGUGGCACAGAUCAAAGUUUUUAUUCAUAGGACUGUAAGCACCAGUGCCUUAGUGACCCACUAAUGUAAAAAGGGCAGAAAGGGAGGAGGGAAGUAGAGCAGCUUUAGCCUGAGAUCAAGUCUUUAUUACCACAGUUUGACAUUUCACUUGAAGGAUUGUUCAGUAGCAUCAUCUAAUAUUUGAAUUAUGUUUUAGGUUGAGAGGUGGUGCAAUAUUUUUAAUUUUGAAAAUCCUAUGAAUUCUUUGUGGUUUUUAGGUUUCUUCUGGUCUCCUCAUUUGCAGCACCUGAGUCAUGUAUAACUGGCCAAAGCAGCAAACUUGAUGUUAAAUAUAAUCAUAUAAUCAUCCAGCAAACUGCAUGUUGCAUGGUGUCCAGGUUCACAUGGUUCAGUUUAAAUACCGAGUCUGAUUCACUAGGCUUGAACAGUUGUACCCGUAAUCUUAUACCUACAAGAAUUAUAAAUAUUCAGCUCUGAUCUGGAAGGUGGCCCUGUAUCAGUGUGAUGCUGGAUACUAACACAGGAGACAGGGAACUGAUGACACUGUACAAUCAAUGGAUCUCCAUUGCCUUUCUGACUCAAGUGCACAGCCAGUGUGUUUUUAGCUGCCAUGAUUUAGUGAUGAAGGCAGAUCAUGUUGGUGUGUGCGCUUGUUGUUUUCACACUCAGGUUUUACUAACUUGGCGUAGUAUUGUAGGGUGCUGGGUGCAGCAUUGCAAGAUUAGUGCUUAUGUUGGCAUGUACAUGUGCAACAGUAGAAGAAAUUGAGAUGCAGUAAGUGAGGGAUUGACAGGACAGGGUGUGUGUCUGGGGUGAAUCUCACUUGCACAAUGUGUUGAACUGACAGUGUGUAGCCAACAGUGACGUUUUUCUGUUUCUUGUGUUUAAAAAGUGUAUUCAGUGUACUUCACACUCAUGUGCACUCUAUGACUGGCCCUAGUUCAAACUAACCGAUUACUAACUACCAUGGUAGCCUUUUUUCAGAUCAAAUUGAAUUGUGUACUGUCACUUUGUCAGUUAAAGCAUAGUGGUGUUGUAGCUUAGGAUAAAGAGGGGCUGUCAUGUAGGAGUGCAUUUCAUUUCUGUAUAUGUUGUUGGUUCAUCAUAUUUAUUUUUUUCCCAUGUUCUAACCUCUUCAUUCACAAAACAAACAUGCAUAUUUACCAGCUGAACGCGGCAAAUCAUUAGCACUAAGUUAAGGCUUUGCUUAUUUAAGAAGUGACAAAAUGCUUCCUAUAUUUUUUUUUUUUUUUUUUUGACAGUUUUCUUAUCAAAACUGUCAAAAAAACUUUGCCAGUAUGUUGUAGUUAUAUGACUUUUUCAGUAGACCUCAUGUUUACACUGCUGCAUGUUUUUGAAUUUGAAGCAGUAUAUGUUUUCAUUUAAGACUUGGAAGACAAGCAGCUGAUAUACCAAAAUGAGUUUUAACAAUAAAGUGAAUGUCAGACAGCUGUAUCA